AUGCCAACAGUACCAACGCCAGCAGACUUCUCUCAAGACCUUCAGCCUGUCAUCUACCUUCCCCCGAACAGUCAGCCAACCAAUGUGAUAAUAUUCCUCCCUGGCCUAGGUGACACAACCGCCAACUUCGCAUCCUUUGCGAAAGCAUUGAACCUCCCAGAUGCCGUGACAAUCACCCUCCAGCCACCCUACCCGCUACCGUUCCCCUUCGGCCCCGGCUCUCAAUGGUCAGACGACGUCCAAGUCGACACCUCAACCGGGACGUUCGACCCUGACUCGCCACUUACCAAGGCCGCCGCCCAACUCGCCGACCUCAUUACCACUCUGCAAUCGACGCAUAAAUUCACGCCCCCACAGAUCCACCUCUUCGGCUACGGCCAGGGCGGCUCCCUCGCCCUCACCACCCUACUCCACCCCGCCCUCCAAGACAUACCGUCCCUGGGCGGCGUGACAUCCAUCGGCGGCGCCAUCCCCCUCGCUUCCUCGGCCGUCACCUCCGGUAGCAAGAACCGCACGCCGGUCCUGCUUCUCGGCGGGCGGCGCGGCGCGCUGGCCAAGGACGAGCAGAGCCCCGUGAAGCGGGUCAGAGACGCGUUCGAGUUCGUCGAAUACCACGAGUGGAGGAAAGUGGAUGACUCUAUGCCCAAGAAUAGGGAGGAGGCGUUGCCGAUGAUGCAGUUCUUGGCGAGGAGGCUGAGGAGUCGGAGGGGGGUGCCGGAGGGGGCGGUGGAGUUGUGA